UGUAGAGUUGGAAUUACUUCAAGAUAUCUGCACACGCUUCAAGAGAUUCAACAUGUCUCCUUUUAAUCCCAUUAGUACUAUUUUGGGUCAAAACAAACUAGAGGGUUCUAACUAUGUUGACUGGAGGAGAAAUCUUGACAUUGUGUUAACUGCUGAAGAAUAUAAGUUUGUGCUUCAUGAGGAAUGUCCAUUGAAACCAAAUGAUCAGUCUAGUGAUGAGGAUAAGUUAGCUUAUCAGAAAUGGCGCAAAGCUGAUGAGAUGGCGCAAUGUUACAUUAUGGCUUCAAUGUCAAAUGUUUUGCAACAUCAACAUCAAGCUAUGUUGUCUGCUUUUGAAAUUUUGAAGAAUCUCAAACAAAUGUUUGGAGACCAGGGUCGAUCAGCUAAGCAGACUGCCGUGAGAACUCUCAGGAACACUAAGAUGGUUGAAGGCACCCCUGUAAGAGACCAUGUUCUGAAGAUAGGUCUUUUAAAUGAACUAGAGGUUUUGGGGGCUGAAGUUGACAAUGACUCCCAAGUUGAGAUGAUAUUGCAGUCUCUGCCUGAUAGUUUUCAAUAA